GCGGGGCCGCGCCACCGCCGCCUCCCCGGGAGCCGCCAGCCAUGGGCGCUGCACCGCGCUGCCCGCCCUGUGCGCUGCUGGCCCUGGCCGCUGCCAUGGCGCUCCCCGGCCCGCUCCUUCCCGCCCCGGCGCUGCAGCCCCAGCCCGAGCCGCUGCUGCUGCCUCACGGCCCGGGGCACGGCGACGCGGCGCUGGAGCACGGCGACGAUUCGCGCUCGGCGGCGCUGGAGCUGAGCAGGGCGCUGCGCUUCUACGGGGCGGCCGUGCGCUCCCUACACGUUGCCACUAAUGGGAUUAUCGCAGUGAAUGAACCCUCAAAUGAGGAAAAAUAUCUCGGUCAAUUCCCUGUCAGUUUUGGGGCUAUUGCUCCCUUUAUGGCUGAUCUGGAUACAACAGAUGGACGUGGAAAUGUGUAUUACAGAGAAGAUUCAUCCUCAGAGGUCUUGAAACUUGCAUCAGACUACAUCAAAAGGGGGUUUCCUGAAACCACUUUUGAACCCAGCAGUGUUGUUAUUGUUACCUGGAAGCUUGUGGCUCCUUACCAGGGACCUGGAGAAGAUCCUACUUUGGAAGAAAAGAGAAACACAUUCCAGGCUGUUUUAGCCUCAUCCGAUUCCAGUUCCUAUGCUAUUUUCCUUUACCCAGAAGACAGUUUGCAGUUCUAUAGUACAUACUCCAAGAAUGAUGAUGGGAAGAUUCCUGCUAUGGUUGGCUUUAGUCAAGCCUCCACAAACUACUACUUCUGGGAAAAGCCGGGAUCCUACAAUAUCAUCGCUAAUGAUGAAGACAGCAUUAGAAACUUGCACAAAAGCAGCAAUGCUGGGAAGAAAGGAGUCUGGGUGUUUGAGAUUGGUAGCUCGUCUGACAGUAUUGUGCCUGCCAAGAUCAGCAAUGUUCUGGAGAGCCUAGAGUCCAGUGAACAAGACCAGGAGAUGACCUCAAAACCAUUUAUGUCAGACUAUGGCUCCACUGAAAUAAGACAACAGUAUGUCACCAGCAGUAUGGACAGUAUAGAAGAGGAUCAGCAUGUGACGUAUAGCGUUCCUCAGUUAGCUGCGGAAGACUUGGUAACUUCAUACCAAGAUAUAACAGGAACACCUUCAACUGAGUCUUUUUACAGUCAUCAAGAUUUCCCAACAGCAAAAGCUCCACCUCGCCAGUUCCCGGCCCAGCAGUUCCCACCGCAGGAACCCCAGGUCAUAGAUGUGGAAGAAUUUGAUGAAACUGGUAUCGUGUUCCGCUACCACACAGAUGUCCAACAGACCUGUGCUAACAAUCGCCACCAGUGCUCUGUUCAUGCUAUUUGCAAAGAUUACCCCAAUGGAUUUUGUUGCAGUUGUAUUGCUGGUUACAAAGGAAACGGCAGACAAUGUGUAGCAGAAGGUUCCCCUCAGAGAGUCAAUGGGAAAGUCAAAGGAAGAAUCUUUGUAGGAAAUAACCCUGUGCCAGUUACAUUUGAGAACACUGAUCUCCACUCCUACGUUGUGAUGAACCAAGGACGUGCCUACACUGCUAUCAGCACAAUCCCAGAGACCUUGGGGUAUUCUUUAUUGCCUCUUGCCUCUAUUGGAGGUAUAAUAGGAUGGAUGUUUGCUGUGGAACAGCAAGGAUAUAAAAAUGGAUUCAGCGUUACUGGUGGCGAGUUUACACGGCAAACAGAAGUUACUUUUCUUGGUAACAAUGAGAAGCUGGUUAUAAAGCAGAAAUUCAGUGGAAUUGAUGAGCAUGGUCACCUUACUAUCAGCACAGAAAUGGAGGGCAGAAUACCUGAGAUCCCCUCUGGUGCAUCAGUUCAUAUUGAACCAUACACUGAACUCUAUCACACUUCUAGUUCUGUGAUCACUUCCUCGUCCACCAGAGAGUACACAGUGACAGAGCCAGAAAGGGAUGGGGUUGCUUCCACAUACACAGGUGCCUAUCAGUGGCGACAGACCAUCUCCUUUGAUGAAUGCAUUCAUGAUGAGUCGUUACAUGCUACUUCUGCUACUCAGCAGCUCUCAGUGGACAGUGUAUUUGUGCUGUAUAACAGGGAUGAGCAAAUUCUGCGAUACGCUAUGAGUAAUUCCAUCGGCCCAAUCAGUGAUGGUUCUGCUGAUAUUAACCGAAAUCCUUGCUACACGGGUACCCAUAAUUGUGACACCAAUGCAAUAUGUCGUCCAGGAACUGGAAAUCGUUUCUUCUGUGAAUGUUCGAUUGGCUUCCGUGGAGAUGGAAACGUUUGUUAUGAUGUUGAUGAAUGUUCAGAGCAACCAGCUCUAUGUGGCAGCAAUGCAGUUUGCAAUAACCAGCCAGGAACGUACCGAUGUGAGUGUGUAGAUGGAUACCAGUUUGCAGCAGAUGGACAGACUUGUGUUGAUACAGACGAAUGUCAACAGGGCCGCUGUCAUCCUGAUGCUUUCUGCUACAACACUCCUGGGUCCUUCAGCUGCCAGUGUAAGGCAGGUUAUCAUGGGGAUGGUUUCCAGUGUGUAUUAGGAGGAGUGGAAAAGACCAGAUGUCAGCAUGAGCAAGAAGUAGCUCUUGCAAGCGGAGGCGCCUUCUUCCAAAGAGAGAUGAGAGUGGCUCAGUUCGUUCCUCAGUGUGAUGAGCAUGGCAAUUACCUGCCCACUCAGUGCCAUUCCAACACUGGUUAUUGCUGGUGUGUGGAUAGGGAUGGAAAUGAGAUUGAUGGCACCAGAAGUGGCCCAGGAGUUCAACCACCAUGUCUGAGCACAGCUGCUCCUCCUGUUGCUAUUGGGCCCUCUGUUCGACCAGACACGAUACCUCUGCCUCCAGGAACACACUUGCUCUUUGCCCAAAGUGGGAAAAUUGAGCAUGUUCCACUAGAGGGAAACAAUAUGAAGAAAAACGGUGCAAAAGCACUCUUGCAUAUUCCAGACAAAGUUAUUAUUGGAGUUGCUUAUGAUUGCAUGGACAAGAUGGUUUAUUGGACAGACAUCAGUGGCCCUUCGAUCAGCAGAGCUAGCCUGCAUGGUGGGGAGCCAACAACCAUCAUCAAAACAGACUUGGGAAGCCCUGAGGGGAUAGCUGUAGAUCAUCUGGGUCGCAACAUCUUCUGGACUGACUCCCAACUCGAUAGAAUAGAAGUGGCUAGGCUGGAUGGGCGCCAGCGUCGCAUCCUUUUUGACACUGGCCUGGUGAACCCCAGAGCAAUUGUUGUGGAUCCUGUGAGAGGAAACUUGUACUGGACUGACUGGAACAGAGAAGCUCCUAAAAUUGAAACCUCAUACAUGGAUGGCACAAACAGAAGAAUACUCGUUAAGGAUGAUCUGGGAUUACCAAAUGGGCUGACAUUUGAUCCUUAUUCCUCAAUGCUGUGUUGGGUAGAUGCAGGUACAAAGAAACUGGAAUGCAUGAACCCUAAUCAGUUUGGUCGACGAAAGAUUGUUGAAGGAAUUCAGUAUCCUUUUAGUGUUACAAGCUAUGGGAAGAAUUUAUACUACACAGACUGGCGCAGGGAUGCUGUUGUAGCAGUGGAUCGCAUGGUUUCGAUAGAAAAUGAUAACUUCCAGCCUCACAAGCGCUCCCGUCUCUAUGGAAUCACUACAGCCUUUGCUCAGUGCCCAGGAGGACACAAUUACUGCUCAGUGAAUAAUGGUGGUUGUACUCACCUCUGCCUGGCUACCCCAGGAGGCCGUACUUGCCGCUGCCCUGACAACACAGUUGGAGUGGAUUGCAUAGAAAGAAACUGAGUAUUAAAACAAGCUUUCCAGUGGCAGGCACUUUCUGGGAAUGUGCUGUAAACAAUUCACUUCUAUAAAUACAAUCAGGCCCUAAAGAUAAAUGCUGCGUGCUGCUGACAGCAAGCAACAAUGCAUGUAUGCAGACACACAGGCAAUGACUGUUGUAGCAGUUAGGCAAGACAGAGCUAGCCAGCUUGGGUCCAACUGUAUCUUAUUCCCUGUAAUACUACCUUCAUGCUUUUAAAUUUAAACAUGGAGGCCUUAGUUGCACCUGUGCUAGGCUAGGAGGAAGUGUGUCCUGACAAAAUUGAAGUACUGAAUAUAGAAUGGAGUAAAGGAUGGUGGGAUUCUGAGACUGGGUUGUACCUCGAAGCAUGCAGCAGUUAUCUGCACAGUGGUAUGGUGUGCUUAGCCCUUCACAUGUGUGAUCACAUACGUGACUGGGCUGUAUCUUUAGCAGAGAAGCAGCCAGAGGUUCCCAAGGAUGAAUAGAUGUGGAUGGGAACACCCAGUAAUAUCACAGAUAUAAUGCCUAACUCCAUUCAUUCCCGCUACUAGUCUUUACACUUUCAAAACUUGAAUCUAAAUUUUUGAUUCUUGUGUUGCAGAAAUACUUUAUCCACAUGCUGUAAGGGUAGUUCUCACUAACCUCGUGAUCCCUUUCCACAGCAUGUAAUUCUUGAUAGAUAGUCAGCACUGCUUAGUGGAUGUAUUUGAAGUUUUUGCUGAUUUUCAGAGAUUUAUUUUAAUUCUGUCUGAUGUGGAUUCUGGAGUAGUUUCCUAAAAUCCACUAAACAAACUUUAGACAUAGAUCUCAAUUGCUGAUAGUUCAUCAAAGAAUGGAUGUUGAUUCAUUUGGAGAUGUCUGUUUUUUUUAAAGAGAGAAAGUCAUAUUUGUUUCCUGAGAAGUUUAAAAAUAAUAUUUCUAUGUUUGAUUCUAUAAGCCUGAGAAUGAUCUUAGAACUUCAUCAUAGCUAUCUUUCUUCUUAAGCUAGCCACAUCAUGCCUUGUCAUAGGUGAUGAGAAACAUGAGAGUUAAAAAUCUCAUUUCCAGAAAGGUCAGCUGUGUCUUGGUGCUUAAAAGACAAAAGGUGGUGAUGCCCCAUUUGUGUGCCAGUGUUCAGUAAUAGCAAAAAGGUAUGUUGAAAGUCUAAGCAAAAUUGUAGCAUGUUUUCAACAUCACAAAUGAGUUUGGAGAUAGGAGGCAAAAUCAAAAUUCAUAUUCUUAAUGUCAAAGUAUCAGUACAAAGCCAAGAGUGAAGUUUAUCUUCUACAGUUUGUGUUGGGAAGGAAGCUUACGUGCAAGCCUACUUCUAUCAGCACACAUUUCACAACAAUGUGGUCUGAGCAGUAAGCUAUUAACACCCCAGUUUCCCCACUCCCUCUUCAGGCACUACAGUUAAGCUUCCUAGAGAGCCAAUUAAGCUUCAUACAGAGCCACAGUCUUAACUAUGGCAUCUUCCUCUUUAAUUGUAUAUUUAUCAUAAAAAUAGCAAUGUAAACAUUUUAAAGAUGUUUUUGUAUAACUUUUUAUAACUUUUAAAUCAUUUUACUCAUACACUUAAUCAGGAAUGUCUUACUGUAAAUAUCAAAAAUGUGUUGAAAUGAAGGUGCUUGAUAAUUCUUUCUCCAGAAUUGUUCACAUAUCUGGUGAAAUAUUAAAGUUUACACUCUGUACAGAUAUCUACAGUACAGUCAAUAAAAAUGUGUUUUUUUUUUAAUUUUCUGUUUAAAAAAAAAAAGUCCUGCCUGCAGAAGGAAUAUGGUACGUGGUGUCUCAAAUCUCUUCCUAUAGAUUUCUGGGUUUUAACUAGCUCUCAUAUCUGUUGAUGAUGCAACCGUAUAGGGGAGAAAGUGCUGUUGGAGAUUUUGUAUUUUAAAGCCAAUAGGAUACUUUUAUGUAAAACAAAUGGGAGAGCACUAAAAGAACAUACAAUUUCCUCUGUUUUGUGACUUGG